AUGGAAGGUGCCCUCUGCAGCCAGCUUCAUAACCUCGUUGUUCAGUCACUCGGGCGACUCGCUGUUUAAUGCCCAGCACUGACGGUUCUCAGAUGUGACCAUAUGAAAGAAAUCCACCCAAAGCCAGCCUAUGAAUUUCAGCCCUUUAUUAAAUUACCCAGGCCAGACAGACUGUGAACUCCAAACUGUGUAUUUAAUCAGCCAGAACCUUCCAGUGAAUUUCAAACGUGUUUGAAAUUACCCAGAACCAGACUGUGAACUUCAGCCCUUUAUAAAUUUAUCCAGGCCAGACUUUGAACUCCAACUGCGCAUAAAAUCACCCAGAACCAGACUAUCACAUCCAGUCCUGUAUAAAUCACCCAGAGCUUUCCAGUGAAUUUCAACUGUGUAUGAAAUCAACCAAUCUGUGAACUCCCAAGUCAGUACAAACCAGUCCAGCUGUGUGCUUUAAAAAUUGCAUAAAAUUACUCAGAGCGUCCACUGAUCUCCAUCUUGCAAAACCAUCCAAGACUGUCUCUGCUCCCCUGAGACCAUGAGACUGCGGCGGAAGGGAGAUCUCAUCUGCACGUUCCUCUUGCUAACAGCAUUGUGUGUUUUGCUUUAUGUCCAAAUGUACUCUGUAAGCCCACGGCUGAACAAACACAAGUACCAAAAGGAAUCAGGAACUGAGAGAAACAUUAUUGUGGAAAGCACAGAGGCAGAAACUCAGCUGGACUUCACCAGCAGCGCAAUACAGUCAGAGCACAACUGUCAACUUGGGCAACAGCUGCAGAAUGCCCAGGGCCAGGUAAAAACGCCUCCAACUUCAAAUCUUUUACCUUGGAACUACCGGCAAUACCUCUGGCAGAAAGACUGUCGGGAAUUCAAUCAGAUCAUUAACCAGAAGAACAAGUGCCACAAGCCCAGCGGGGAACAACUGCUGUUGAUCUCCAUCAAGUCCAGGGUGGAGGAGUUUGAAAGGCGUGAAGUGGCUCGAAAGACUUGGGCCCGAGAAGGUCGUGUCCACAACUUGCAGGUCCGCAGACUCUUUCUUCUGGGAAUCCCGGCCAACCAAAGUGCUUUGGCUUCGUGGAGCCGCCUGUUGGAACACGAGAGCCAAAUCUACCAGGACAUCCUGCUGUGGGAUUUCCAAGACACCUUCUUCAACCUGACACUUAAGGAGAUCCAUUUUCUGAAAUGGGUUGACCAGUUCUGUCCUGCCGCAGAGUUUGUGUUCAAAGGGGAUGACGAUGUCUUUGUAAACGUGGAGAAUAUUGCUGAUUUCUUAGCAGACGCGGAUCCCAAGGACGAUCUAUUUGUUGGACAUAUUAUUUACCAAGCCCUCCCCAUCAGGUCCAACAAGAGUAAAUAUUUCAUCCCUGAGAUGAUGUAUGGCCCAGGGGUUUACCCUGUCUAUGCAGGAGGUGGAGGAUUCCUCAUGUCUGGACACACAGCAAAGAGACUGUACCAUGCCAGCAAAGAGGUGGACCUCUUUCCCAUCGACGAUGUCUUUUUGGGAAUGUGCUUGCUGCGGAUCGGCCUCGAACCCGUAACUCAUGAAGGAUUCAGAACGUUCGGCAUCGUCCGACCCUCUGCAGCUCCUCACAUGCAAACGUUUGACCCAUGCUUCUACAAGGAGCUGAUGGUGGUCCAUAGCCUUAAGGUGCCUGAAAUUUGGCUGAUGUGGACCCUUCUCCAUGACCCUAAUCUAAAGUGUGCUCGCAAAGGGUCGAUGAAGCGUCCAUUCCGGUGGCGGAUCAAGCGAAAGUCCACAUCCGCCUCUAUAAAGAAACUCAAGCACUGAGAGUAGACAAAAGGGAGAAGGUUCCCUCAGUAACUUCCAUGCAAAUUUAUACUUCAAAUGUUUUAUAAAUGUCUCAAUCCUU